UAUCAGAACCCUUCCAUGACUUCUACAGAGAGACAGGGAGAGAGUAUGAAUACAAGCAAGAGUGAGACAGUGAAAGAACAUCCUCUGAAACCCUCUAGAAGAUCUAUGCCAUGCCUAGCCCAGAGCCAAACACAUCCUCAAAUUCUGAGCAAGCAUUCAUCAUUUCUGCAGCCAAAUUGUGUGCAGCCACAGCCUCCGCCUCAGCCUCUCAGUGCAUCGACAUCUACAACUACAGUGGAUGUAGUGUCAGAACGAGCUAAAGUGAUGGAAACUUUGGAAAACAACUUGCUUAAGCUGUCUAAUACAGAAUACAGUGAUCCAUUUUUAGGAAAGGACAAAGACACAUAUACGGAUGAUUCAGAACAUGGAAACUAUGAUACUCGUACAGAUCAGUCCUUGCUUAUUCAAAACAAGCUUACCAGACAGAAAACAGAACCUCGGACUAAAUCAUCUUUGAAGACUGAUGGCAUGGCGUCAUCGGGGCUCUUCUUCAAAGAUGGUAAAAAGCGCAUUGAUUACAUCUUGGUCUACAAAAAGUCAAGUCUGCAGGUAGAAAAAAGAAGCACGUUUGAGAAGAAUUUGAGAGCAGAAGGAUUAAUGUUAGAGCGAGAGCCAGCUGUUACGAACAGUGAUAUCAUGUUUGUUAAAAUUCACUGUCCAUGGGAGACAUUGUGCAAAUAUGCAGAAAGAAUGAACAUCAGGAUGCCUUUCAGGAAAAAAUGUUAUUACACUGACUGGAGGAGCAAAACCAUGGGCAGUUUGCAGAGGAAUAUGAGAGAGCUGAAAAGUUGGUUGCCUAGAAACCCGAUGAAGCUUGAUAAGGAGGCCCUGCCUGAUCUGGAAGAAACAGAUUGCUACACAGCACCCUUCAGCCGUGCACGCAUGCACCAUUUUACGAUAAACAACAAAGACAGCUUCUUCAGCAAUUCCACGAGAAGUAGAAUUGUGCAUCAUAUGUUACAGAGAACUAAGUAUGAAGAUGGAAAAUCCAAAAUGGGUAUUAAUAGAUUACUAAAUAAUGGAACAUAUGAAGCAGCAUUUCCACCACAUGAGGGAAGCCACAAAAGCAGACAUCCCAUCAAAACACAUGGAGCUCAGAAUCACAGACACCUCUUAUAUGAGCGCUGGGCACGGUGGGGAAUGUGGUACAAAUACCAACCACUCGAUUUAAUAAGGCGAUAUUUUGGUGAAAAAAUUGGACUGUAUUUUGCCUGGUUGGGGUGGUAUACUGGAAUGCUUAUUCCUGCUGCCCUGGUUGGGCUCUUUGUUUUCCUUUAUGGAUUAUUUACGAUGGAUUCCAGCCAAGUAAGCAAAGAGAUUUGCGAGGCAAAUGAAACCAUCAUGUGCCCUAUGUGUGAACGCAAUUGCACACUACAGAAACUCAACGAAAGCUGCAUAUACGCCAAGGUUACACAUUUGUUUGAUAAUGGAGGGACUGUCUUCUUUGCUAUUUUCAUGGCAAUUUGGGCUACAGUCUUUUUAGAGUUUUGGAAAAGACGGAGAGCUGUAUUAACUUAUGACUGGGACCUCAUAGACUGGGAAGACGAAGAGGAAGAGCUGCGCCCCCAAUUUGAAGCUAAAUAUUCCCAAGUGGAAAGAGUAAACCCCAUCACAGGAAAACCUGAACCUUUUCAGCCUUUCCCUGACAAACUCAGUCGACUGAUGGUGUCUGUCUCAGGAAUAUUCUUCAUGAUUUCACUGGUCCUCACUGCAGUGUUUGCAGUUGUGGUGUAUCGUCUGGUAGCCAUGGAACAGUUUGCUUCUUUCAAGUGGUAUUUCAUCAAGAAGUACUGGCAGUUUGCAACCUCUGGCACUGGAGUCUGUAUCAAUUUUAUGAUCAUCAUGUCACUCAAUGUUGUAUAUGAAAAAGUUGCCUAUCUCCUGACAGACUUAGAGCAUCCCAGAACAGAAUCUGAAUGGGAAAACAGCUUUGCCUUGAAAAUGUUCCUCUUCCAGUUUGUUAACUUGAACAGCUCCAUCUUUUACAUUGCUUUUUUUCUUGGCAGAUUUGCAGGCCGCCCAGGAAAGUACAACAAGCUUUUUAACAGAUGGAGACUGGAAGAGUGUCAUCCUAGUGGCUGCUUGAUAGAUCUGUGCUUGCAAAUGGGAGUUAUUAUGGUUUUAAAACAAAUGUGGAACAACUUCAUGGAGUUAGGCUAUCCUUUAUUACAGAAUUGGUGGUCACGACGCAAAAUGAAGAGAGGAGGACAGUUGAUGGAGCAUAAAAUUUCUCUGCCUCAGUGGGAAAAAGAUUGGAAUCUACAGCCUAUGAAUCUUCAUGGUUUAAUGGAUGAAUACUUGGAGAUGGUUUUACAGUUUGGCUUUACCACCAUCUUCGUUGCUGCCUUCCCGCUGGCACCUCUCCUGGCAUUGCUUAACAAUAUAAUAGAAAUAAGGUUAGAUGCGUACAAAUUUGUCACUCAAUGGCGAAGACCUAUGCCUGCAAGAGCAACAGAUAUAGGUAUCUGGUAUGGGAUUCUGGAAGGAAUUGGUGUUCUGGCUGUCAUCACCAAUGCCUUUGUUAUUGCCAUUACGUCAGAUUACAUUCCACGUUUUGUCUAUGCAUACAAAUAUGGUCCCUGUACAGAUCAAGGAUACAGACAAGAAAAAUGCUUAAAAGGAUAUGUUAACAGCAGUUUAUCAGUAUUUGAUUUGAGCGAACUUGGAAUGGGUUACUCAGGAUACUGCCGAUAUCGAGAUUACAGAGCCCCACCGUGGAGUUCAACUCCGUAUGAAUUCACUUUGCAGUUCUGGCACGUCCUGGCAGCACGGCUGGCCUUCAUCAUAGUAUUUGAGCACCUUGUUUUUGGAAUCAAGUCUUUCAUUGCCUACCUGAUUCCAGACAUGCCCAAAGACUUGUGCGACAGAAUGAGAAGAGAGAAAUACUUAGUCCAGGAAAUGAUGUAUGAGGCUGAACUGGAGCAUUUGCAGAAAGAAAGGAAAAAGAAUGGGAAACAGUACCACCACGAAUGGCCUUAGUCACUGCCAUGCUGCAAAAAAAACCCAAACACUUUGGAAAUUGAAGAGUCCAGUUACAAAAUGAAGUCAAUCUGGCAUCAGUGUUUGAGAUUCAUGGUGUAUAUAUGUUCUUGCUGGGCAGUACAGUUACAGACUUUGGUGAGAGCUGGAAAAUAGAUCCUUGCAAUGACAAAAGUGAAGAGCCUUACCUGUAGCUGGUCUGAGGUGAGCACCAAGGAGAAUUGGCACUCAGGAAUGUGCUGACAGCUUAAAAAUUUGGACAUUCUGGUAUAAAAACAGGCAUCGAGUUUUCAUGCUGUUCAUGAAGAUACUAACAGCAUCAUGAAAAUAAAAAAUUCCCUGUGAACUUAUACGAUAAAGGCAUGACUAAAACCAACUUACAUGAUAUCCACUACUUCUACAGCUUCUGAUUGCUCAGCUCCAUCUGUAAUGCCUCUGAAGAAAAGAGCAAUUGUUGCCUUUGUGGUCAUAACUUGAUAUCAAUGAUCUUUCAGGCUUACUGUUUCGUCAGGUUUGUCCUAGUCUCUUGUUGAGAUUGUGGAUGUGGUCCUACCCUAAAAAAGGGGUCUAUGGCUGCUUAAUAUAUACUAUGCAGUUUAAGAUUUGCACAUCAGCAUCAUUAAUUUACCCUUCAAGUUGAAAACCAAAAAAUCUAAGUUCAAAGAGAAAACAGCAGCACUAAGGGAAUGCAUCGCAGUUAUAUUUGAAAAUGACAUGGGUGUUGAGCUGUCUUUCCACUUUUGUGUGUAGAAAGACCACCUCCACAUACUUCCAGGAUGAAAGAUGUGUCAUUUUCAUGCUCUGAUGUAGCAUGCAGGUGUCUAACUGUGUUACUGUUCCCUUUGAGCUGUCCGGGCAAUGAUUCCAUGACUUCACAGAAUGCUAACUUGAAAUCUUCUCAUACAAUGCAAAUGACUUUGUCCUGAAUAUACAAUUCACUCUUUAUAGUAUGCAAGCUUAUGCAGAUAUAUAUCAGACAUCCAGUAUAACAUUGUGACUUGCUUGUUCAGGGAAGGAGAAGCAGAGCACUUUACAAAAAUGCUUUGCUUAUUGUAAUAGUAAAUGUUCCAGUAAUGUGCACUUCUUUUAUUGGCCCAAAUGAGUCAAAGCACGGGAAUUAGAUAUGGGCAGAUAUGUAUACAGAUUGUAUAUAAAUGCACACAUACGCAGUGGUUACUUCUAGAUUUUUUAUUAUUAUUUGUAUGCCUUCAUACAGUUUCGGGGGGCUUUUUGGAUAAAAUCACUAUGAAAGGUAGAUGUUCAUGUAAAGAAUCAGAUUUCAGUUUUUAUGUGUAUACAGCGUACAGCACUGUUGCUUAUGUUUAUACUCACAUUUUGGUGAUGAUAUUGUCUAUUAUUAACAUUUCAUAAUGUGAAGAUAAGCACUUAAGCAAUUUAAGCAAGUGUGCAGGAUUCACUUGCAGGGAACUGAGUGGAAAAACAGUACAAACUUUCUGUUUCUCAUACAAUUUUAAAUAAUACUUCUCUAUAUUGGAUCAGAAAAAUCUAAAAAGCAAAAAGUCAGCAAAGCACAGGAACUAUAAAGGCUGUAAAUUUGAACAUUAUUUUUAGUGAUAACGCUGCAGCAGAAUCACUGCUGACAGAUAUGAAAGACCUGAGUUUUUACUACUUGCAAUACCCUAUUCAAUCAAAAAGUGUUAUUCCAGCAUUCACUUGCAUGUAUAAGCACAAUUAUUUUAUUUUAUUAGGCCCUAUGAAAUUAAUUUUAAGAGCUCAUUAAAGUAGAUGAGCAAGUUGUAUCUGGGGGUUGGAAGAGGGGGUUAACAUCAGGCCUUUAUUCUUUAGUCAUCUCAGCAUAUUCAUGAGAUUUCUUGGUUAAUCCCAGCUCUCUUUGACCAGACAAGGCAACUGUAGGACUACCUACAGUAUUGCACAAAGGGGAAAAGAAAUUGGAAAGUAUGGUCUAUAAUUAGAUAGAUCACCCGUUAGUCCUGUGAUAAAGGGCUGGUGGAACUCAUCUUGCAAUGCUUUGGAAAGGUUGUUUUGUUCCUUCCUAUUCUGCGUUGUGCAUUAGAUUCCUCAAGGAGUCCUUAUCGGAAAUAAUUAAUGCACUCUCCUCAGUGCUUAUAGAAUCGCUUAAUUUGAUUUAAUUUAUUCUCGCUCUAUUUCAUUCCGUGGAAUAUCAAGCACCAUCUGACAGCAUUAACCGUGUGUCACAGCUUCUGUUUCUGUGCCACAUGGUGAUAGUACUUCAGUUCUUGCGAAGGUCACAGAUGAGCAAUCUUUUUGAUGUUUUAUCUAUAAACAAAAUGCCUUGGCUGGCCCAAGGUAUAAAGAUACAGGAUAAAAUUAGGCAAACAUCAGAAAUAUUGAUUAUUUUAUAAUUUCCUGUUUCUGCUAUGGAUAUUAGCACAUUUCAAUACAUACUUAGGUAAAUUCCCAUUGGACUUAAGAAACACGUGAAAGAAAACCUUUUUGUAUUUCAGAUUUAAAUAUAUAUAUAUUAUUAAUGAUUUUCAAUGCUGGUAUGUAGGGGUAUAUAAAAAGGAAGUAUGUAGAUCUGACUUUGUGCAUUUUACGCACUGGAAAAGCACAGGAAGUUUUGGAGAAACACUGUGUGUGUUCCUUUAUUUUUGGAGGACAUUGACAAUGUCUAAAGGUUUUGCCACUAUCUUAGCCAUUUGCUUAAGCUGAGAAAACUUUUUGCUAGACUUCGUUUCGUAUGUUGUUUGCAUUGACUGCACGUUAUUUUACUGAAGUAUAAGGCACACACUGUCCUCAGGAAUAAUGUAUUUUAUGAAUGGUGAAUGAUCUUUUCAUAUUCUAAAUAUUGUCUUUCCAAACAAAUGACCAGUAUGAAUAGACUGUGCAUGCAAGCUGCGUUUGUGAAAUCUGACAGAGCUUCAGAACUUGAAUUUGUGCAAAAAUGCUUUAGGUCAUUGCAGAUCAAAUCUAUGACAAUUUUGCUCUAUGCAUGCGCCCUUAGAGAGACUGCAUGAGCAACUGGGUAUUUUUAAAUACAAAGUCCAAAAUGUCUUAAUUAUUCCUAACCAAAUUCCAUGUCUUGAUUCAGAUGGAAGAAAUUUCCAUUUCAGAAAAACCAAAAAGUCCACAUACGUUAUACACGUCUCAUUUCUAAUGAGUUUUCAUUCUAAAUUUGUGCCUAAUGUGUGGGAUCUGAAUUCUGGUCACUAAAAAAAAAAAGAAAAAAGUUCUGCUUCGUUAGCCAUCCUAAUAAAAGUUGCUUCUUAGAGCUUAAAAUCUACUUCCAUAUAGACGGAUGCAUUAAGAGCUCAAUAUUCACAGCUAAGCACUAACAGGAUUGCCUGGAGU